AAGUGUUCUUCGACGCUGCUGCUCCAGAAGGGCUCACCUCAUUGUGCGGAUGGUACCACCAACUCACGUCUCUAAGGCCGUGUCCUUGGAAAGUGUGCGUGUCCCUGGAAAGGUGUGCGUCUUUGGAAAGGUGUGUGCGUCCCUGGAAGGUGUGUGCAUCCCUGGAAAGGUGUGCAUGUCCCUGGAAAAGUGUGUGUCCUUGGAAAGGUGUGUGCAUCCCAGAAAGGUGUGCACAUCUCUGGAAAUGUGUGUGCGUCCCUGGAAAAGUGUGCGCGUUGCUGGAAAGGUGUGUGCGUCCCUGGAAAGUGUGUGUCCUUGGAAUGGUGUGCGCCUCCCUGGAAAGGUGUGCGCAUCCCUGGAAAGGUGUGUGCGUCCCUGGAAAGUGUGUGUCCUUGGAAUGGUGUGCGCAUCCCUGGAAAGGUGUGUGCGUCCCUGGAAUAGUGUGCACGUCCCUGGAAUGGUGUGCGUGUCCCUGGAAAUGUGUGCGCGUUCCUGGAAAAGUGUGAGCAUCCGUGGAAAUGUGUGCGCGUCCGUGGAAAUGUGUGCGUGUCCCUGGAAAGGUGUGCGCGUCCCUGGAAUGGUGUGUGUGUCCCUGGAAAGGUGUGCGCGUCCUUGGAAAGGUGUGCGCAUCCCUGGGAACACAUCCCGGAAAGGUGUGUGUCCCUGGAAAGGUGUGCGCGUCCCUGGAAAUGUGUGCGCGUCCCUGGAAGAGUGUGUGUCUGUGGAAAUGUGUGUGCAUCCGUGGAAAUGUGUGCACGUCCCUGGAAAUGUGUGCACGUCCCUGGAAAUGUGUGCACGUCCCUGGAAAGGUGUGUGCGUCCCUGGAAAGUGUGUGUCCUUGGAAAGGUGUGCGCAUCCCUGGAAAGGUGUGUGCAUCCCUAGAAAGGUGUGUGCGUCCCUGGAAUGGUGUGCACGUCCUUGGAAAGGUGUGCGUGUCCCUGGAAAGCGUGUGUCCUUGGAAAGGUGUGCGCGUCCCUGGAAAGUGAGUGUCCUUGGAAAGGUGUGCGCAUCCCUGGAAAGGUGUGUGCACCCCUGGAUAGCUGUGUGCGUCCCUGGAGUGGUGAUGGUGUGUGCGUCCCUGGAAAUGUGUGCGCGUCCCUGGAAAAGUGUGUAUCCCUGGAAAGGUGUGCGAGUCCCUAGAAAUGUGUGUGUGUCCGUAGAAAGGUGUGCACGUUCCUGGAAACGCGUCCCAGAAAGGUGUGUGUCCCUGGAAAGGUGUGCAUGUCCCUGGAAAGUGUGUGUCCUUGAAAAGGUGUGCGCAACCCUGGAAAAGUGUGUGUCCCUGGAAAGGUGUGUGCGUCACUGGAAUGGUGUGCCCGUCCCUGGAAAUGUGUGCGCGUCCAUGGAAAGGUGUGCAUGUCCCUGGAAAGGUGUGAGUCCUUGGAAAGGUGUGCACAUCACUGGAAAGGUUUGUGCGUCCCUGGAAGAUGUGUGUCCUUGGAAAGGUGUGCGCAUCCUUGGAAAGGUUUGUACAUCCCUGGAAAGGUGUGCAUGUCCCUGGAAAGUGCGCGUCCCUGGAAUGUGUGUGUCCUUGGAAAGGUGUGAGUCCUUGGAAAGGUGUACACAUCCCUGGAAAGUGUGCGCGUCCCUGGAAUGUGUUUGUCCUUGGGAAGGUGUGAGUCCUUGGAAAGGUGUACACAUCCCUGGAAAGGUGUGCACGUCCCUGGAAAGUGAGUGCGUCCCUGGAAGGUGUGUGUCCGCCACCACGAACACGCUUCAGCAGAAGGGGCAGGAACGUGUGGCUGGUCCAGACGGAAAGGAGGUCUGUGUUGCUGGAAUUCUAGAUGCGUUUAGGGGAUUACAGGAACUCUGAGACCAUAAGAGGGUGCAGUUUGGAAGUCACACCCUCCAUGAGCCCAGCAGCUUCUGCCAGACCAGUCUUCACAGGCGGGAGCCCUUCUUGGGUCGUCUGUGUGCCUCCAGGUUAUAUUUUUAUUGGUGAACUUGGCUGGUCUAUUUAUUGCUGCAGAAACGACCUCCAAACCCAGCAGCUUAACAUGAAAGUGGUUGUUUAAGGGUCUCCUUGGGUCCGGGAACUGGGCAUGAUUGGCAGUGUGGGAGGCAGCAGCCAGGCGAGCUGGGGCACAGGCUGGCUGGCACCUUGGCCUCUGCUUUGUAUGGGGGCUUCUGUGGGCAUCUCCAGCGGGGGCGGGAUGGCAUCCGUGUCACCACGUGUGCCAUGUCAGGACGGCCGGACGCCUUGUGUGGUGUCUGCAGCUCAAGAGCCAGGUGUCCAGCCAACAGUGCAGACAGUUUGUGGUCCUUUAUAACCUCAUCCGAGUGUAUCGCAGAUGCCGUUUCCAGGAUAUUCUGUUGGUUGACACAGUUACAAAAGCCAGUGGGGGCAAGGGAGCGUGACUUGGACUUCACCCCCAUUAGAAGUGUCAGAACUUUGAGACACAGAAGGAAGGCCCCCCAAUGUUUGCCUCUGGCAUGAAAGGCCCUUCCCCCAUGCAUGUCCUUGUGAGAUUGGGGUCAGGCCCAAGGGGGACGGGGGGCUUUUUGCUGCCCACUAACCAACUGGAUGAGGCGGUGCCCUGAGCGCUCACUGGCACCGUACUCGCGCAAGGUGACCGAGGUCUGCAAAGCGGAGGCGCGAGGGCGGGAGGCAGGAGCAGGCGAUGAGGGGAGUUCCCCCGGGGAGCCAGCCCCAAGGUUGUGCCUCUCUGACCG